AUGGCGCUGGUUCUCGCCGCUACGUCCAAUUCCCCCGUCGCCGCUGCCGCCGCCGCCGCCGCCGCCACAGCAGAAACAGCAGCGUCGACAGUUGUAUCUGCUUCUGCUGCAGCAGAACGUAGCAGCCCCUGCCGCAAGCGCCGCCACGUGGCCGAUGAGGCCGACGGCGGCGCCGCAUGCGCAACGAGAAGCUCGCCGCCGACCGCCGACCGCGCCGCCGCUGACGGCUCCGCCGCUGGUAAAGCUUCUCCAGGCUCUGCGACCAAUGCCGUCGGUGGCGCCGUCGCCGUGUCGCAUGCGGCCGCCGGCGACGCCGUGCGACGCGUGGGGACGGGGAUUUCUCUGAAGCGCCUCAAGACGGAGAGCCGCGCGCGCAGUUGGGCGGCCAGCGGAGCUUCGCCGCGCGGCGCAUCAGGCGCAGGUGGCGGCGCGCGCCAAGGCGCCGGAAAGAGCGGCGGGAACGCGCGUGCCGCAUCGUCCGCCGGCGGAGCUCACGGUAGGGGCGGCGGAGCGGGUCCGACCGCGUCUGCCGCCACGACCAGCGGAGGCGGAGAGCUAGCCGUCGCCUUGUCCGAUGGCGGCGGCGGCGGCGGCGGUGGCGGAGGCGUUUCCAACCUCACCGCAGGAGGCGCCGCGGUGACCCCGCACCGCGACCGCCACAGCAAGGUGCAAACUUCCAAGGGGCUCCGCGACCGGCGCGUGCGCCUGUCCGUCCCCGCGGCGCUCGCGUUCUACGACGUGCAGGACCGGCUCGGCGCGGACCACCCGUCGGAAGCGCUGGAGUGGCUGCUCAUGCACGCCGCGCAAGCCAUCGCGCAGCUUCCUUCCGCGCAGCCGCAUGGCGGCGGCCGCGGAGGUGAUGGCUCCGCGGGGCGCGCGACGGCGACGACCGCAACGGCUCCGGCGGCCGCGGCUCUGUCGACGGGCACGUCGCUCCCCGCCCCUGGCGCUGGCAACGCCCGCGCAGCUGCGCGCGCUGCUGGAAGGGGAACUGGCGCAGGGGCGGCUGGUACUGGUGCCGCUGCGAGGACUGCUCCUGGUGCUGCUGUUGCUGCCGCUGGCGUGGAUAGUGGCGUGACCUCCGAGGCACCUGCGGCAGCUGCUGCAGGUUCCGCACUGCCAUCACGUGCCCACCAUCAGCACGAGGAGCAGCAGCAGCAGCAGCAGCACGAGCUGCAUGCGUUGCACGAGGAGGACCAACACCUGGCGGGGUUGACAGUCGAGGAGAUGGAGCAAGCAGCGCACGGCAUCACAUGUGCUGCGGCCGCUGCAGCAGCGCCACUGCACCACGUCCCUGCCAACCACUUCCCUGCUCUUUCCACCCCCGCCGCCCUCCCAGCCGACCACCAUAUGACUGCACACGCCCUCCCACAGGGCGGCAAGGUGAUGCCAGCAACAGCACCAGGAACAGCAACACCCUCAGGCGCAGCAGUGGCGUGCAAGAGCAUGUGGGCUAGUCCAGGCAUGCUAACAUCCGCUUUUUCAAGCAGUCUAGGCGAUCUCAUGGACCUGGGCGGGCCUGAUGGCUGCGACCUCGCUCUCGCCAUGGGCCUGCCUCCUUCUCCCCUGCACUUCCCUGCCAUGCACCAUGCGGGCGGGGAUGGGCAUGGGGGUGGGGUGCGGGUGCUGGUGACUGUGGGGCUGCGGUAG